GCUUAACGAUUGCCUUGCGGUUUAGCUUACGCACGAACCCUUACGCUUAGCCAUUUGCUAGAGGUAAAAGACGGCUAGAAAAAAAAAAAUCGAUCAGAAUAUUGCUCGGGCUGGACUCGGCGUUACACCACACAUACGAAUACACCUCGGUAGAGUUAUCCAAGGAAGAUUAGCUUAGGGAUAGGCAGUGCCUUAGCUCCCUUAUCGAUAUCAGGACGACUUGAGCAUAAACGACACCGCGAACGAUUUUCUACUUUAUAACUAUUGAUAAACCCGAUUUAUUUCCCCAGGGUUUUGGCUGAUUUUGUUAAACGAUCGAGAAACUGCAUAGUAUAUCAUGUACUCACAACAAGCGGCGAUGGGCACUGCGGUGCCCCAGAAACCGGAGACUUUCAUGCUUACUACGGAAGCGCAACAAGCAUUACCACAUGACGCCCAAGUGGCCUUGCAACAAGUUGACAAUUUAAAAUAUUUCCUUAUCUCGGCGCCUGUUGACUGGCUGCCUGAACAAUACAUUCGACGUUUCCUAUUACCGACAGGUGAAUAUGUCUCCUGUGUAUUAUGGAAUAACCUAUUCCAUAUCUCAGGUACAGACAUUGUGCGAUGCCUUUCUUUUCGAUUUCAGGCCUUCGGUCGCCCUGUGAAGAAUUCCAAGAAGUUCGAAGAAGGAAUAUUUUCUGAUCUGCGAAAUCUCAAAUCAGGAACAGAUGCUUCCUUGGAAGAGCCGAAGAGUCAGUUUUUAGACUUCUUGUACAAAAAUAAUUGCAUACGAACGCAGAAGAAGCAGAAGGUCUUUUACUGGUACAGUGUGCCCCACGACCGUCUUUUCCUGGAUGCGCUGGAAAGGGAUUUGAAGAGGGAAAAGAUGGGUCAAGAGGCUACAACUAUGGCUGUUAGUGAACCGGCCUUGUCGUUCCAGUAUGACUCUUCGCAAUCCCUCUACGAGCAAUUGACGAAGGCCCAACAAACCAAUUCUUCGUCUUUCAACGCCCAGCAAGUCUCUUUUCCUCAAUCUCAAGAUCCACCCCCUGUGAUGAGGGGAAUGGAUCCCAUGCCUCCCCCGCAAAUGAUGCCUCAGUCGAUGGCCCCUUUAGCGGAUGGGAUGGACGCCAUGGUACAAUACAAUACAAUGGCAACGAUGGCCCCGUCUAUGCCUCAGCAUAUGCAGCACGCAGUCAAGAGGGAGCCUGACUUCAACCGUAUGCAGUACAACCAGAAUGGUGUACCGAUGGCUCAUAGUCACGUGCGCCAUGCCUCAAUGCCAGCUUAUGGUCUUGAAUACUCGCCCGCACCCUCAUUUGUCUCGUCGCAUCUCGAGGAUUACGGCAACCGAGGCAUUUCAUUCGAGCCAAUUACACCUCCUCAGCAAGCAUUAGCAAUGGGAGCUGAGCCGGCCUAUAUUGUAAACGAGGAGACUGGACUGUAUACGGCAAUCCCCGAUCAUAUGGCUGGGUUGAGCGGGAUGAUGCAGUUACCGCCCUCUAACCUGGCCGCGACACAGUUUUCGCGUGCUUAUGGCGCCAAUAAUGUCUAUUCUGUGAUCGAAGGAUCGCCGACGUACAAGCAGAGAAGACGGCGUUCAUCCAUCCCUCCUUCAGUAUCGGCGAUUGCGGGUGCGGGUGCUCAAGCGCAGGUAGCUGCUCACCGGCCCUCGGAUCUGAGGAGGUCGGUUUCGGCGUCGGUCGGCCCCGUGGCGGAAGGUGACGAGUCUCAGAGCAACUCCCCUCCCGGCCUAUCAUAUAGCAAUUCAGCGAUAUCUCUAACCAACCAGCAACAUAUGGAAAUGUCAAGACAUGGCACCCCACUAUCGACGGUGGAAGGUAGCCCCGCUCUAAACCCGAUGUCUAUUGAGCAACAUGACUUCGCUUUCCUUAGGAAGGAAAUGGGUUUCGACGACUCGCUUCAUGAGCAGCGGGUGACGCAACCUGGAGCGAACGUGGUUCGCAGAGCUCGCUCAGCUACUGUUAUGGAACUGGGACCUUACCCUCAGAAGUCUCAUUCUUGCCCAAUUCCUACGUGCGGUCGUCUCUUCAAGCGCCUCGAACACCUGAAGCGACAUGUGAGAACACAUACCCAAGAAAGACCCUACAUCUGCCCCUAUUGUAGCAAGGCGUUCUCUAGAUCCGACAAUUUAGCACAACACAAGCGCACACAUGACCGCGGCGAGGGCGCUGAAGGUGCGCUGAACCUGUCGGGUGAAGAGGAAGAAGAGUUCUCUGGCGAGGAUCAGCUCGGCCCGCUCGAGGAAGCUUCGCCUAACUCGGACCCAGGGUAUGACCCGACCUCGUUAGGCUCUAUUGCUACGUCGAUGCCUACAUCCAAUGGGCUUUCUGAGGACGGGAUGCCCCAGUCAACCUACAACCCUUUGCACACGCUAAGUAUGCCCAUGACAAUGAGCACACCAACAGGAUCAGCAACAGGAUCAAUGUAAUUGACGUUGCGUCCUGGGGUUUAUGGGGUGCGUAUAAUGUGAUAUAACUGUCUAUUAUACGGCGGUCUUAAUCCGGGGCUUAAGUGGGUUGACUUGCAUGGUAU